AUGACCAGCGUACAAGGGGUGUCGCUCAGGGUCCUACAGGUGAACCUGAACCACUGUUGGACGGCGCAGCAACUCCUGGCGCAAACCAUCCUGGAGAGAAACGUUGAUGUAGUCAUCGCUAGCGACCACUACCGGGGUUUCGACGACGAUCCGCGCUGGUUCGAAAUCGUCGACCGCAAGUGCGGGGUGCUGGUGACAAGACGCAGCUCAGUGCUCAUCACGGAAAAGGGUGCUGGCACUGGUUUCGCUUGGGCCAAAGUCAGCGAAAGCGUAUUCUAUUGUUGUUACUGCACGCCCAACUGUUCGUUACAGGAGUUCGACGAAUUUCUCAAUGGCUUGGAGGGGUCUGUCCAAUGCCACUCAGCGAGAGACGUCCGACUGGUAAUAGCUGGCGACUUCAACGCGCACUCAGCGGAAUGGGGUUCUGCCAAUGUCGACGCACGAGGUUCGCUGCUGUCCAACCUCGCUUCCAUGCUAGGUAACGUUGGAACAGUACCGACCUUCAGCCGGGUGAAUGCGUCAUCCAUCAUUGACGUGACAUUCGCUCGCUACCCGCCUUCGACGAGGCCCCUGGUGAAUAACUGGCGAGUCCUAACCGAUAUAGACUCGGCUAGUGACCAUCUUUAUAUCGAAUAUACCGUCACAGUAUCUGAUAGAGAACCAGUAGUUACACGAGUUGACCGAUCGACAGUUACCGGAGACUGGGCCGUGAAGAAGCUGUCCCUCCCAGCCCUAGCGGAAUACUGGGAAAGGGUCAGUGGAGCUUUGCUGCCCUUACCUACAACCGCCUCCGCCGAAGACCAUGCUGAGCACCUCAAUCAGUUUCUGAUAGACUCUUGCAAUGCAGCCAUGCCACGUAGAGCAUUAUUCAAAGGUAGGAAAGCAGUCCAUUGGUGGAGCAGUGAGAUUGCCGAACUCCGUAAAGCGUCGAUCGCUGCUCGGAGGCGGUACCAGCGUGCGGGCCGGCGGGCGGACACUGAAGGCCGAGCCAAUGCAUUUGUCGAGUACAACGAAGCGAGGAAAAAGCUAAGACUAGCCAUACGAAGGGCUCAAGAAACUAGUUGGAGUGACCUUUGCGACAAUGUUGAGAACGACCCGUGGGGUGCUCCAUACAAAUUGGUCAUGAAGAAGUUAGGCCACCGGUCCCCGACCAUGGAUAGCCACGCAGCGCUAGAAAUAGCCCGUGGCUUGUUCCCCGAACUGCCCCCGGUUGACUGGUCAACGACUCCAUAUUUCGUGGACCUUGUGAUCGCCCUCGACGUCCGCAACGCGUUCAACUCGGCACCGUGGAGGCGCAUAGUCGACGCGCUGCGGAACCGCAAUUUCCCGGCCUAA